UACUGAAGGAAAUGAAGAGAAAUCUGAAUGAAAAUUCAACUCGAAGUACAGCAGGAUGUUUGCCUGUACCAUUGUUCAAUCAGAAAAAGAGGAAUAGACAGCCAUUAACUUCCAAUCCAUUUAAAAAUGAUCCAGGUAUCAGUACUGUUUCUGAAAGUUAUGAUUUGCCUUCUCUACCAACAGAUUGGGCUUGGGAACCUAUGAGUCCAGAGUUGCCAUCUGUAAUGAAAACAUUAAACUCACGGCAAACACCACACUCAGUUUCUCAGCCCCUGAGAAGUCAAGAUUCUGAGUCUAAAUCUAUUCCAACACUUUCAAAUACUGAAAGAAGCAAGAGUGGUUGGAGCGUCAGAGAUGGCAAUAAAAAUACCAGCUUGAAAACUUGGGAUAGAAAUGAAUUUAGACCUCAGUACAAAAGAACAAAUCUAAUGGCAAGUGAAGGAAUAAAUUCUUGUCCAGUGAGCUUGGGAUCCCAGCAACAGAAGCAAUUAAGACUAUCUGAACCUCCUGACUUACCUUACCGAAGAGAAACUGAAGUACUCGGACAAAUACAUACAUCAAAAAUGUCUGUCUCUACAAUGAGAGAUGUAGAUAAAAAUAGUACAUUGCAAGCAUUUAAACCCAGUUUUCAACAAAAUCAAAUAAAGAAAAAAAUGUUGGAUGAUAUUCCAGAAGAAAAUACUCUCAAGGAAACCUCAUCGUAUCAGUUAAAAUUUAAGGAAAAGGAUAAUUCUUUAAGAAUUAUAUCUGCAGUUAUUGAAAGCAUGAAGUACUGGCAUGAACAUGCACAGAAAGCUGUACUUCUUUUUGAAAUACUAGCUGUUCUUGAUUCAGCUGUUACACCUGGCCCAAAUUAUUCGAAGAGUUUUCUUCUGAGAGAUGGGAAAAAUACUCUGCCUUGUGUAUUUUAUGAAAUAGAUCGUGAACUUCCAAGACUGAUUAGAGGACAAGUUCAUAGGUGCGUUGGACACUAUGACCGGAAGAAGAAUAUUUUCAAGUGUGUUUCUGUCAGACCAGCAACCAUUUCUGAACAAAAAACAUUUCAUGUAUUUGUUCAAAUUGUAGAUGCUGAGAUGAGAUAUUAUACUAAUGUAAGGAAUGAAAUAUAGUGUUGAAGGAAGU